UUCAAAUACAUGCGCAACUUAAGCUUGGUAACUGAGUUUGUCCUUCUUGGACUUUCACAGAAUCCAAAUGUUCAGAAAAUGGUAUUUGUUGUAUCUUUGUUUGUGUACGUUGCAACCAUUGGCGGCAACAUGCUCAUUGUAGUGACUGUCCUCAGCAGCCCUGCCCUGCUGGGCUCCCCCAUGUACUUCUUCUUGGCAUUUCUAUCUUUCCUGGAUGCAUGCUUCUCCUCUGUUUUCAUCCCAAAGUUGAUCUCAGAUUCCCUCUAUGAGAGGAAAACUAUCUCUUUCCAAGGUUGCAUGAUCCAGAUCUUUGCUGGACACUUCUUUGCUGGAGUAGAGGUGAUUGUCCUCAUGGCCAUGGCUUAUGACCGUUAUGUGGCCAUUUGCAAGCCCUUGCACUACUCUUCUAUCAUGAACUCGAGGCUCUGUGGCAUUCUGAUGGGAGUAGCCUGGACAGGGGGCUUCUUGCAUUCCAUGAUACAAAUUCUCUUUACUUUCCAGUUGCCCUUUUGUGGCCCCAAUGUCAUUGAUCAAUUUUUCUGUGACUUGUACCCAUUACUGAAGCUCGCCUGCAUGGACACACAUAUCGUUGGCAUUUUGGUGGUCGCUAACAGUGGGUUUUUCUGCAUUUUAAUCUUCUCCUUGUUGCUUAUCUCCUAUGGUGUCAUUUUGCUCUCAUUGAAAACCCAUAGUUCUAAAGGGCGAUGGAAAGCUCUCUCCACCUGUGGAUCUCAUAUUGCUGUUGUGGUUUUGUUUUUUGUCCCAUGUGAUACCAGUCUCAGUGACAUUGAUGAGAUGUAUGGCAUUGCCUGCUAUGUUCCUACAAUGAGAAUGAAGGGUGGAGAUGGCAAAUAA